AUGCCACUUUCUUUUAAACAAUAUGCAAAUAAUAUAGUCUCUCCAUCUGCUAAGCAUGAUGAAGAGAUUAAUGAUAAGAAUAAUAUAAGCAGUGAAAUAAGUGUCUUCGACAAUGAUAAUGAUAGUAAUAACUCAUUACAUUUUCGAAAUAACCAUCAUGAUUUUGAUCAAUCUGUUGUCAUGGAUAUAAAUGAUCCCUCAAUUAAGGAGAAAGAGAAUGCUAUAGUAUCAACAGAAAAGGAAAUUUUAUCAACAGCUACUGAUGAGGAUUCUUUACCAUCUUUAACACAUCCAAUGGAGAAAAAAAUUCUACGUAAAAUGGAUAUUUUUAUAAUUCCUUUAAUGUGUCUAUUAUAUUUUUUAUCUAACUUAGAUAAAUCUAAUAUCGGCAAUGCUGAAGUUGCUGGGUUAUCUAAAGACAUUGGUUUGAAAGGUACAGAAUAUAAUGUUGCUGUCACUGUAUUCUUUGCCACAUAUAUUUUAUUCGACCCAUUAGGUAGUAAUUUGUUAAAAAUACUGGGUCCACCUGUCAUGUUCAGUUCUUGUUUGUUUGCAUUUGGUAUUAUUUCAUUGUUAACUGCCUGGAUCAAGAACUAUAAUCAUCUAGUAGCUGUCAGAAUCUUACUAGGUGCAUUUGAAGGCAUGAUAUACCCUGCAAUCAACAUGUAUCUUUCUGUUUGUUAUAGAAGAGAACAAUAUGCAAUGAGGUUUGCGUUUGUCUUCAGUGCCGCCUGUUUAUCAUCUUCCUUUGGCGGAUUGAUUGCUUAUGGAUGUUCCAAGAUUACCGGCUCAUUGUAUGCUUGGCAAUACAUUUAUAUAGUGGAAGGUGCUAUAUCUGUUGGUUUUGUUCCAUUAUAUAUAUUUGGGCUAAGUAGAAAGCUAGAAGAUUCAUGGUUUUUCACAAAGGAAGAAAGUGAAUACAUUGUGGAGAGAUACAGAACAAUGAGAACUUUUAAUCCAAAUGAAAAAUUUGAAUGGUAUCAGGUUAAGUUAGCUGUUAUGGAUAUAAAAACAUGGGUCUCGGCGAUAGCAUUAUUUGGUAUAGACUUAACAACUUUUGGAUUAACCGUUUUUUUGCCAAUUAUCAUCACAUCAUUAGGUUUCACUAAUGUGAAAGCUCAACUAAUGACUGUCCCUGUCUAUUUCUUAACUGCUAUCGUGUUUUUCAUUUAUGCUGUUUGGUCUGAUUAUUUAAGAUUAAGAUCGCCAUUUAUCAUGGGUGCAUGCUUAUCUACUUCUGUUGGGAUAGCAAUUGUGCUAGGUUCUACAGUUAAUGGGGUCAGAUAUUUUGGUGUUUUUAUACUUUGUAUGGGAAUAUAUGUCAACGCUGCAUGUAAUUGUCUGUGGUUAAGUGGCAAUAAUGGUAAUUAUUACAAAAGAGCCACGGCUCUAGGAAUAAACUUAUUCUUCGGUUCUGGUUCUGGUUUAGUGUCAGGGCAAAUAUUCACAAGUAAAGAUAAACCAAGAUAUGUUAAAGGUUUAUCUCUAUGCUUAGGGUUUCAAGUUUUAUCAUUAAUUUUAACUUUUAUUCAAUUUUUACUUUAUAGAGGAGAAAAUAUUAAAAAACAAAAGAUAAUCAAACAUUACCGCUCUAUUGGAGAACCCAUCCCGUAUAAUGAAAGAUUAAGUGAUAAGAAUCCUGAAUUUACAUAUAUGUAUUGA